AGCGAAAAAACCAUUUGCGGAAAUACAAAAAAAAAAUGGAAACAGAAAUGGUUGGGAUCACACAAGACGACAUAAAAAAAAUGGAAAAACCUCCGUCGUCAAUAUAUGAGGGAGCUUCGUUUAUUAAAAAACCCCAAGAAAAGUGGAAGCGGUGUAAAUGAUGUAUACGAAACAAAGCUUUGGUGUUUUGAUCAGCUCUCGUUUCUAGAAGGCCAUGUAGCAACCAGACAGCGCCAAUACAAUACUGAGAUGCCUUCUUCUUCUUCGAGUAGCUCAACUUAUACGAAUACAGAAAAUAGCAACUUUAUGAGUACAGAAAGCAAUAGCUCGAGCGUUAACGAUGAACCAUCGAAAAUACGAAAAAAGUUUGGACAAAUGCAACGGGAAUUCUCUUUAUUUAAGACAAUGAUUCAAAAAAAGAAAAACUCCCGAAAAUCCGCUUGGUUGGGAGCUUUGGUUGCCAAUCAAAUGGAGGAAAUAGACCAUGACGAACAACAGAGCGCUGCUUGGGAAACACAGUCGGUAAUAAAAAGAUAUGUUGAUGAAUCCAAUCAUGGCACUCUUGCGUCAUUAACAACAUCAUCAUCAUCAGACAAGGACUUACUGCAGCUGUCCAUGGAUGGAGUGCUUUACCAGGAUGAUUUUUGCUAAUACUUAAGCGCCAAAAAAAGUGAUACUGCGUGUAAAGCCACCAAUUCCAUGAUGUUGUUGUAGCAGUACCUUUGCCCUGUCAGUGUAGUGAAUUCACCGGUCGUCUUCGUCUAGCUUAUUUUACGGUAGGCCCAGGAAACUAGCUGUUUCGACGGGUUGGGUCCAGAGGGAAAGAGGUGUUAGAUGAGUGUGUUUGAUGGGGCAUGUGAAAAGGGGUGUGGGGUGACAAUCUUUAGACAGUCAGUAAACGACAUUCACCGGGAGACCGUCACCACUUUCUUAAGCUAUCAUCCUGUGAAUGCCGCAAUCAGCAGACGAAGAGCACCAGCUUCCUCAUGAGACACGUGUAACACUGGCACAAUUACGUUCUGGAUACUGUAGCAGGUUAAACUCCUACUUAUCCAGAAUCGACCCCGACAUACCAAACAUAUGUCCGGCAUGUGAAGGCACCCCUCGCGACACUAACCACCUUUUCACAUGCCCUCUAAAACCGACUCAUCUAACACCCCUCUCCCUCUGGACCCAACCCGUCGAAACAGCAUGUUUCCUGGGCCUUCCUUUAGAUGAGCUAGACGCAGAUGACCAAUGAUAUGCCCUACACUGGCGGGGCUUGUAUUACUGUUAACAAACAAACAAACAAACUGUGUUUAAAGCCAUAAUUCCUAUAAUAGUCCUAUAAUAUUAAGUUAAGUCGAAGAAAUCUGAAAACCAAAGUGCCUAGGAAAUAUAAGACUGUGUUUCAAGCCAUAAUUCCUAUAAUAUUUAAGUUAAGUCGAAGAAAUUCAAAAACCAAAGGAUCUAAAAAAUAUGAGACUGUGUUUUAAGUCAUAAUUUCCAUGUAUUUGAAGUUAAGUAUUUAUACAUGAAGUAUAUAUAAUUUAAUUUUAUUUAUUCAAAUACAAAAGUUUAUAUAAAGGGUGGUUAAAUUUCAAGGGUCGAUGUUGAAUGUGAACCACACCUAAACGUCAACGACACCGUUGGACUUCUUUCUUUGGGGUUAUUUGAAAGAGAAGAUGUACGUCGAUAAGACAGCAACAAUUCAAGAGCUAAAGGAUGAGAUAAUUCCGCACAUUAACGGCAUAGAACCUCAAUUAUGCUUCAGCGUCAUCGAAAAUUUGGACCAUCGGAUGGAGAUGUGCCGUCGAGGCCGCGGCGGCCAUUUGGCCGAUAUUUUGUUCCAUACGUAAUUGAGCUAUACCAAUAUUAUCAUAAUAAGGAGAAAUGACAAUAAUUUCCAAAAAACAAAAUGUAUUUUAUUCAAAAUCAACACCGGCCCUUGAACUUAACCACCCUUUACAUAUAUAUAGGGUCCGCCAUAUAACUUUACGGAACUAAAAAUGCUAUAAAAAAUAAACUACUUAAUAUUUUUCCAAACUGUUUUUUUUAUUUUGAAGUACAAUCCUUCCGGUUAAUGAUGGAACACAACUUAAUUCAUAUGACUGCCUCGGCUAGCCAUGCACCAUCCCAUACGAUCGGUCCAAUUUUUCAACACAUUUUCGAUUGUAUGUGGCUGUAUUUCAGCUAUGACAUCGCGUAUGUUGGUCUUCAGUUCACCAAUUGUUGCUGGUUUAUUUUCGGGUGUACGCACGGUUUUUGGUCGGUCACGCGUUGGUUUGUCAAUAAGCAACCCAGUUUCUCUUACUUUUUUCCCAAAGUAAUGCACAUAUGCUUCAUUCGGUGCUUUUCUUCUUCCCAUUGCCGUACGUAAUUUUCGUACACAUUCUGCAACAU